UUGACUGCGAAUAUGAAUUAAAUAUAUACGAGUAGACGAGGCUUUAUGGCUUUAUUUCCUGAGGCAUCUGGAAGAUGUUUGACAUGCCCAUGUUGAGGAGUCUGAUGGCUUGAGAUGAACAGAACUAAACCAGAAGAUGAUGAAUACUGGAACAGCACCAAGUUCAAUGCUUUCACCUUUGAGGAUGAUGACGAUGAGUUCACUAAGCUAAAAGAAUCCAAGCGUGCAGUGAACAGCAUCCUGGUGGAUGAUGAUGAUGAUGAUGAUGAUGUUGAGAAGGUCAGCUGGAGUGGAGAACCUGUUGGAAGUAUCUCCUGGUCUGUCAAAGAGACGGCCUCAAGCAUCCGCUCAGGUGGAGAGCAAAGCUUUCCAAAAAUCAACACUGCCCCCUCGUUACCGAAACAAGGCUCUGGAUACUCCUUAAGUUCUUUAUUCAGAGCAAAGAGCAAACCUUCGUUUUCUGAAUCCUUUAUUGACACUUCUGCUCGAGUAUACGCACCUGAAUUACGCAAGCCAAAGUCAGAGUGUCAGGACUACGUGAGCGAUCGGAGUCCUGAAGAGACUGUAAGGAGGAUGCGGAAAGGAAAGGCGUAUUCCAUGGAAAGGUUCCGCUCUCUACAGGAUAAACUGCUGCUGCUGGAUGAAGCAGUCAGUGCUCACGAUGGCAACGUCAUCACUGCAGUCUUAAUAUAUUUAAAGAAAUCAUUGAGUAAAGAAAUCCUCUUCCGAGAGUUAAUGUUGAGGGAAAUAGCUUUGCGACAUUACGUCCAUUAUCUGAAAGAAAUGGGAGAGCAGAAGCUUUUGGUGGAGUUAAUGAAGGCACUGGGCAGAACAGAGGAUAUGGCGUUAAUGCAGUACAAGGAGCACAUGAGUAUUAAAGAUGAAAACAAAAGAAGAGACUUUCUCAAAAAAUCUCUGAGUCUUCCUUUUUCUCAGGAAGAUGCCACUCAUGUGCAAGACCACUACACACUCCUGGAGAGACAGAUCAUCAUAGAGGCUAAUGACAAGAAGGGUGAUGCAGAGAUUUUUAAGAAGUUCCCCAGAAAAGCUUCUAUAUUGAACAUGCCCAUUAUCACCACUCUGUACUACUCCUGCUUCUAUCACUACGGAGAGCCUGAGGGUACCUUCAGCAGUCCAGCUAACAUCAGAAAGACCUUCAGGAUUUCAGAAAAGCAGUACAUCCUCACAGCACUUGGAGCUCGGGCAAAGUUGAAAAACUGGUUUGAUGUGGACAGUUUAUUUAACACCAAAACGUGGCUGGGUUACACCAAGAAGAAAUCUCCCGUUGGCUUUCACAGAGUAGUGGAUAUCCUGCAGAAAAACAACGCUCCAGUUCAGGUUUUGCAAACUUAUAUGACGCUGAUCGAUGACUCGGAACUGAAGCUAAGUUUGGCUCAUAAGUACAAAUGCCAUGACGUUGUCAUCGAUACAUAUAGAGACCUGAAAGACCGUCAGAAGCUGAUUGUGUACCAGGGUAAAUUGGAGCGGAGUUCAGAUCAGUACAGGAAGAUUGAAGAGAUCCUUAAUAACACGCAAAUCCGAUGGAAGAACUGACAUUUGGGUUGAAAAAAAGAUGAUUUAUACAGACAUUUUGAUAUCGUCAUACUCAAGGCUUCAUACAGAGCCUUGGAGCUUCACAGGGAGCAGCUGUUACAGUAAACAGCCAAGUCAGAGAGAAGCCUCUCUGCCCAAACACAGCACAAUGAAGAAGCCCAACAUCUCAACCAUGGCAACGACAGCAUAUAUUAUUUGCUUUCUCUUUGUAAUUUUUCAUAUAUUUUUUCCUGGUUUAUUAUGGAUAUAGAGGUGCCGUGUGCCCUUUUGCCAACAAAAGCUGAUAAAGGAAGUGUACAAAUUCCAAACGCUCCUAAUCUACAGUACUAUCUGUCCAUGUGUCAGUUGUCCUGAUGAACUAAUGUUUUAUAUUAAAAAAAUGAAACUUCAAGUAUUUAAUAAAAAAACGUUCAAAACUGCCAGUUAAUUGAAACUUAAUACAAGCACGCACUUUACUUUUCUGUUAAAAGUUACACUUGUAGCUUAUAAUACAUAGGAAGCCUCAUCUGGGUGAAACACAGUGACACUUACUUUCUAUUUCUGUGUUCCACUUUAAACCAUUUACAUCACUUUAGUCUGCACAUCCAUCCAUAAACCUUCUCUAUGAGUCUCAGACUGCAAAUACUUUUCAAAGAAAUUUCAACCAUCCUCAGCAUUAAUAAGUCUCAGUACACAAUCAGAUGGGACUGCUACAUCAAUGAGCUGAAUGAUCAGGUCCUGAAGUUCUCCUCUGUCCUGUGUACGUUAGUGUUUUCCUUCUCCGACACGCCUUAGCGAGUUUUGCAGCUUACUGACCUAUAAAGCAGUAUACAGCUAUAAAGUGUACAUAUUUCAUUAUAAAACAUUCUAGGUGCUUAUUGAACACGAUUAAAGAAAGAGAUACAGAGAGGCACUUGAGUUAUUUCAGUUUCUUCUUUGACUUUUGUUAUGUUUUGCUGAAUUUCAUCUUUGCAGAUUAUGAACGUUAGACGCUGUGCUGAAUCAAAGAACUAUUCAAUUAUUUUAUAUCAAUUGUCUUUGUUGAACUGUUUCUGUACAAUCUGGUUCUAUACAAGCAGUGUUUCUGUUUCUGUAAAAAGGGUAAUGUUUUGGUGGAAAAUCCCUUAAAACAAAAUCAAGGAACAGCUUGAUUUAUACAGUGCACUAUGAAACAAAAUUGGUUUUACAUAUAAUAAGACAUAAAAAGUCAGAAAUAAAACACCUCAUACCGUGUUCUUAUA